AACUUCACUACAUUUCCCAGACUUCAUCCUACACGCUACGUCACUCUUUGCCCAGCCCGCAGUUCCUUAUGUGGUGGAUCCUCCGGACUGAAACCGAGCGACGCCAGCGAGCAUGGCAGACACAGAGGACCCUGGUCCAGGCGAGGCCACCGAGCCGGACACCCCGCGCACCAGCCGGCCACACUACGUCUCGUUCAGCGAGACCGUCCAGCCAGCAGUCGGGAUGGUGAGCCACCUACUGAGCCAGCAGACGUCCCUAAAGUUCGACAAAAACAUCAAACAGGCCUUCUAUAACACGGGAGCGAUGAUCUUCGUGGCGAUCUGUUGCGGAGCGGCGGUGUUGGUCUAUUUCAUCCUGGAGGCUUUUCUGCGUCCGCUGCUUUGGGCGGUGCUGUGCGGCACUUUCCUGCACCCCUUCAAAUACUCGCUCGCCCGCCUCGGCCGCUCCUGGCUCAGCAGCCUGCAUGACAGCGGCACACCGAUAGUGGUUGGGACUCUGUUGGUGCCGGUGUGGUGCGUGAACUACGGGGUGGAAACUCUGGGAGGACUGGUCUUAGAUCGGCUCAAUGUACUGCUGGCAGUUGGGGCCGGUGUACCCCUGCUUUAUUUCCUCUAUCUGUUCUGGAGCGUGAUUGGCAUGCAGGUGAUCCUCAGUCACGUCUGUACGGUCAUCUGUCUCGGCCUGGAUUGUUUCAGCGCGGCGUGGGUUGGCACUUUAGUUAUGGGCUACGUGUUGGCUGUGGCGUUUAAAUGGACACCUAGCAUGGAAGGUUACUUGCGUACACUGUCUGUGCCUGUAUGGGCAGCACUUAUUUUCUACCUUGUUUCCCUGACAGGGUCUUGGCGUGUGCCUGUGUUUGUGGUGGUGGUGUUACUGCUAAUAGUGGGUUCUCAAGAGAAGCCUGCGGUUCCAGGGAAAGGUGAGCUCUCUGGUCAGGUGCUCUCCUUUGCUGCUAAUACAAUCUUCAUGGCAAUCUCCUGCAGUAACGUCAGCCAUGCUGAAAAGAUCCAGGAAGAGAAGAGCACCAAAGAACCAUCCAAAGAAGCAAUGGACCCCCCGAAGAGACUCUUUAGCAUUCACUCAUCUCGGCGGCAUAGCAGACUAGAGUUCAGGGGAAUCCAGCCCAAAGAGAAGGCCAGCGAUAUUUACUUUGUGCUGCUUGCGUGGGCUAUAGUGCUGGUGCAGAUCUGGCUCAACCUCUGGAUCUUACAGUUACUUCCCAUCCCUGUUGCUGUUUGGGUACUGAAGAAGAUGUUUGUCCAUUUCGGGAUGAAGGACUUCAUUGGGCGGACUCUAUUGAAAUGGUGGGCCGCUUCUGAGAAGUUUGUCAAAGACAGACAGGAUGCUCUGCUGCCUGGACCGAUCAAAGGCCUUGCUCAGUUCUUGCUUCGGGUCGACACUAAGCUCUGGCAUUGGCUUAACAAGCAGAUGAUAGUGUGGCUGGAGCGCUCUUUGGAUAAGCUGAUCAGUAUUUUCAUUAUCUUCCUGCUGGUAACUGGCACACUGCUCAUGGCCUUGCUGCUCACAGCUAUGGUGCACCAAGAGAGUGUUCAUAUCAUAGAGGUCACCAGUAACUUGAUCAACGAGACCGUGUCCAACCACCCAGAGUGGGCCAAUUGGCUCCCAGAGGCCCAAGUUGUCCAGAAGGCUCUAAACUCUGCUGCCACAAAUGUUUACCAACAUGGGAGAGAAUGGAUCACACAUAAGCUUCAUAAGAUGCUGGGUGAUAAAGUAAACAACACGGCUGUGAUUGAGAAACAAGUUCUGGAGCUGUGGGACCGUCUCUAUCAGUCCUGGAUUGUGAAGAACAUGACUCACUCUGGACGAAACCGUGGACACAAGCUACAUAUGCACAGGCCGAACGGCUGGCUGGGGGACAUACUGGACUGGCAGGACAUCGCCUCAUUCGUUCAGGAGAAUAUCGAGACGCUGCUCUCGAUAUUGGAGUCUCUGUGGGUGGUGAUGAGUCGAAAUGUUGGCUUGCUGAUAUCCACAACAACCACGCUGCUCACCGUACUGUUCCACAGCGGCACCGCGCUGCUCAACUUUGCCCUGUCUCUGGUGAUUUUCCUGACCACACUUUUUUACCUGCUGAGCUCCAGUGGCGAAUACUAUAAACCUGUGAAAUGGGUUAUCAGCCUCACACCCCUCUCCCAACCUGGACCCUCUUCAAACAUUGUAGGACAGUCUGUGGAAGAGGCUAUCAGGGGUGUGUUUGAUGCCUCUCUGAAGAUGGCUGGAUUCUAUGGCCUUUAUACUUGGCUUACUCACACAAUAUUUGGCAUCAACAUUGUCUUCAUCCCCUCAGCAAUGGCAGCAAUCUUAGGUGCGGUGCCGUUUUUGGGGACGUACUGGGCGGCACUGCCAGCGGUGUUGGAUUUGUGGCUGGCACAGGCAGAGGGGGUCAAAGCUCUGCUGCUGCUCUUCUGCCAUCUGCUGCCAACAUACUUCGUAGACACGGCCAUAUACUCUGAUAUAUCAGGAGGUGGACACCCGUAUCUGACCGGCCUCGCGGUAGCAGGUGGUGCGUACUAUUUAGGUUUGGAGGGUGCCAUCUUUGGGCCAAUCCUGCUGUGCAUACUGGUGGUGGCGUCCAACAUCUACAGCGCAAUGCUAAUGAGCCCUAGCAGCAGUCAGCCAACGCCAGUGCAGAGCCACUUCCCUGUACAUCAUGACAGGUCAUUCACAGAAACCCCAAUGCAGCUGAGGAAAAGCGAUGAAUGAAAGGCGUUUGAGCAGCAGCCUGUUACACUAGUUAACAGCACCCCCUUCUCUGGUGUCUCCCAAACACUUUAAAAGAGGGCACUCUUUUAAUAUCUUCACCCUAAGAGAUCUGUGGUUCUCAUAGCACUUAGAAUAUUGAUGCCCCUUGAUGUUGACCUCUGUGCUAACAGUUCAUUUAGCACUUAGCACUGUGAUGCUAAAUUUGGGUAAUGCUGGGAUACCGGGCUCAAAAAAGCUAUGCCGCUUGCACACUCCAGUGCAAAGUUUAGUUAGCACGCCUGUGCGUUGUCUAGCACUGUACUGAUGAAUUAUGCCAGUGCCACUAUGCUAGCGUCAGUUAGCACACUAACAAUACUAUGUUUACAUUGUGCUUUACUGUAACAAUCCACCGGGGUCCCACUCAGUGGAGCAUGUUUUCAGCUUAUAGAUCACUGAUUAUUUUUUGUUUAUCUGGUAGUACUGAUUAUUUAUCCCAUAUUGUGGUUGUGUGUGGCAUUGUUGUCAUGUAAAUGGUUAAGUUUGUUUGAAUGAAAGGAGAUUUUACUAUUUAAACACCUGUUUAAAGUGUUAUACAGUAUCUUUCUGUUUUCAUACAUAAACAGUCUUUGUUCCCGGAGAUCUACCGUACCUUCCUGCAGAGUCAGGACUGAGCAGCGCUGACCUAUUUAAAUAUCCUUAUUCAGGCUGAGGAUUUUAUUUGUUUAUGAACAAAUUCUGUCUCGACAAUAACAAUGUGAAACUAACUUAAACUAGUCUGAGUUUUUGCAUCUCUGCAGUUCUGUAUUUGUCAUUUUUGUUUUUUUACCAGCUUACGUUACGUUAUGUUACCUCAAGCGUCUUAAUGAAGUGUUUUGUUUGUGUUGGCUAUAGACUGAAUUUGCAUAAGGUCCAUUGCGAUGUUUAUGUACUACUCUUUCUUACAUAUGCAUUUCUAUAUGUGUAUGGAUUUUAUUUCACGUCUCUUGCAAAGCUUCCUGCUUAGGAAGGAUGUUAAAAUCUCUGUUUUGUAUUAAUGCAUGUGGUUAUUCCUCUUUGUAAAUACAGUACUGUUGUUCAGUGCUUAAACAUUAUAAAUAAUCAUCUUUUAACCAGUUAGACGAGAUACAGUUUUAGGUAGAGCUAAAUGACCAAAUGCUGCUGGCAGAAAUGAUAUCAGCUUGUUAAUAGGAGAAACUGUAGGUCAAGCUUGAAUACAUUGCACUGAAUAGAUAAUGUACUCACUCUGCUGUUUCCACUUUAUUUAGGCAAGGUUAUUCAAAAAGUCUUGUAUGCACUUUUUUCGGUUCAUGCCAAAUGAGAGAAAUAUGAUUUAUAGUCAAUUGUUGUGAUAGCUAUAUGUGAAAGAAAAAAGCAUGGUUUUAUUUUUUUUUUUUAUGUGAAAUACAAAAAGCCUGAAUGUCUGUUUUGUUCAUACGCAGCACUAUUAAAAUUUUUCAAUAAAACUGAUUCAAUUUUUAAUUGGGUA